AUGACUCAACCCAAUAUUUUUACUAUAUGUUCACGUCUAAAUGAAUAUUUGGAACGUGUAAUCGAAAAUGAUGGUGAUCCACAAUCAGCUCAAAGAUCUAUUGAUCAACUAGUAAAAAUUAAUUAUAAUUUAAGUGCAGAAGAAGCUGGUGAAGUUCUUCGACUAAUCUUUUAUCCAUAUGGUAGUCGCACACUCGUACAUGGACAGAAGAAACUCGCAAUCAAAAUGGUCAAACUUAUGGAAUGGUGGUUGCUACGAAAACCGAAUAAUAGACCUAAAAGUCCUUUGAUGGAUUUAAUUUGUGAACAACAAAUUAUUGAAGUAGAAAAAGAUAAAAACAAUGAAGAUGUUAGACGACUUGUGAAAAAUCCAGAUGCAACAAAUAAUCUUUUUCCUUUGAUGUCAUUAUUCGAUGUUUAUGAUUGUACAGGACAAGAAAUGAAUGCAUUAAUAAAUGUUAUUACAGAAUGUAUUCGACAUACUGAGAGUAGACUUGGUAAAAUGCAUAAAUAUUUAAUUGAACCAGAAUAUUUUGAAUCUAUUUGGCGACUUUAUUUCGAUCCAUUAGUUAUUAAAAAUGUUCUUCAAGAUGAUGAACAUACACAUGAAGAAGCCGUAGGUCAAACAGCAUAUUUAUCAUUAACAAAUAAUGAAAUUUAUAUUCAAUGGACAGAUGAACGUAAAGAUAAAUAUAUCCAAGGAAUAGUACCACGACGUUCACGUGUUAAUGAACUUGUUCAUGAAGCAUUGAAUGUUUGUCAAGAUUCAAAAGAAAUUUUAUUAUUAUUGAAAAAAAUACGUUUAGUUUUAAUUAAUGUUAAACAUUUUUUACCAACUUGGAUGAAUUUAUUUACUCAUAUAAUUAAAUUAAAAUUUUUUAAUAAUGAAAUAAUUGAAUUUCUAUUUAAACGUUUACAAGAUAUUCAAAUGAUUAAUUGUGAAAAUGAAUUAAAUAAAUUAAUUCUUGAUUUAUUUGAAGUUUGGCCAAAACUUAGUGAUGCAAAACAAAUGUUUUAUAUUUCAAAUCAAAUAGUUCAAUUAAUAGAAAAAUUAAUUCUUCAUAAAACAAAAAUUUCAAUGGAAUUUAUUGAAGAUUUAAUUAAAAGAAUUUCUGUAAAUACACCUAUAAAAAAUAUCAAUGGUCAUAUUUGUUUUUAUUUUUUACUUAAAGAUCUUCUUCCAAUUUUUGACAAAUAUUCAGAAAUAAAUUUAAUUAAAAAAUUUGAUCAUAUUAUCAUUGUUGGAUAUGCAGAUUUUAUUUUAACUAAUAAAACUGAUAAACAACCAAUGAAUGAACAUUGUGAUGCUCUUUUAAUUAUAUUAAAAUAUAUAACUAAAAGUACAAAUGAUAAUUAUCUUGAAUAUUGGUUUGAUCGUAUUAUUAAAUAUCCAAAUGAAAUAUUUUUAUUUGAAAUAAUAUCAAAAUCAAUUUAUCCAACAAGUACAUUAGCUAUUUAUGUACGAGACAUGACAAUUGAACGAAUCAAUAAAUUUCUAUUAUGUUUACAAAAUCCAUUAUGUUUACAAUUUAUAUCUGUUUUAUUAAUAAUUAUUGAAUUUUUAUCAAAAAAUGGUCAAACAUAUUCGAUUCUUUUUCAAUCGAAUUGUUUUCAUGAAAUAUUAAAAAAUUGGUUAUUAAAUGAAACAUCAUCAAUAAUUAUUGUUCAAAUUAUAAUAUUAUUAAUUGAUGUUGGUUCAUCAAAAUAUAAUCAAUAUAAAUUAGAUAUUGCGAAAUUUCUUCUUGAUAAUUAUUCAUCAAAAUUAAUUUCAAUUGAUUUUAAAGAUCAAAGUCCAUUUGCAAAUAUUAUUCUUUUUCUGUCAUCGAUUUCAAAUGAUGAUCAAAUAAAUGAAUCAAAUACAAUGAAUUAUGCUGAAAUUUUACUUAAAAUUUUUUUUUCUCAAAUUGAUCAAAUUAAUGAUAAUGAUGAUAAUAUUCAAAAAUCUUUUUUAUCACAUUUAAUUAGUCUUAGUAAAGAACUAAUUCUUGAACAACAAUCAAGAAAUAAAUUUAUUUUAUUACUUUCACCUUAUAUACCUGAUUUAAUGGGUCUAUUAGGUCAAUGUAAUCAUUUAAAAUAUAUAUCUAUUAAACUUCUUGGUGAAAUACUUGAUUUAUCUGAAAAAGAACGUUCUUCUCUUAUUGAAAAUAUUCAAAAUUUCAUCGUAGAUGAAGAUUCAACUAUUCUUGCAACUAGUACUCGUCAACAAUUACAGCCACAACCACAACAACAACAGAAUUUUUUCUUCACUCCUGAAGCUGUAAAAAAAUUAGAGAUUGCUCGUGUACAACAUACUGAUUUCGUCAAUGGACAACAAUUUUUAAAUACUUUAGAACAAGCCGAACAAAGAACAAUCGAUAAAUUACUUAAUGAUCGUUUAUCAAAACAACGUUCUACUAAUACAAGUUCAUCAACAGAAGUUAAACAUUCAGAUCAUAUUAUUCUUACAGCUACAACUAAUCAGAAUAUAAAUAAAGUACUUGAAGUACUCAAUGAUCCAGUUCCUAUAUUACUCGAAGGUAACACUGGUGUAGGUAAAAGUGCUACUGUUAUGGAAGCAGCAAAACGUGCAGGUCGCGAACUUAUUCGAUAUAAUAUGUCAUCACGUGUUACUAUUGAAGAUCUUCUUGGCAAAGUUAUGCUUAUAUUUGAUAAAGAAACAAAAACAAGUAAAUUUAAAUUUAUUGAAGGUCCAUUUACAAAAGCAUUUAAAGAAGGUCAUUGGAUAUUAUUUGAUGAACUUAAUCUUGCACAAGAUACUGUUCUUCAAGCUAUUGAAUCAGCACUUGAUACACAUCAUUUAAAAAUUCAUAAUCAAAGUUCAGCAAAAGAAUCAGUUGUUGAUUAUCAAAUGAAUAAUGAUUUUCGAUUAUUUGCUACAGAAAAUCCAAAUACUGGUUUUUUUAAAGAUAAACGAGAAAAAUUAUCAGCUUCAUUUCUUAGUCGUUUUCGAACAACGAUUUUUACUGAAUUACCUGAUAUUGAAUUGUAUGAAAUUGUUCAAAAAAAAUUAGAGCCUUAUUUAGAUGAUAAAGCUAAAGAUUAUGCAGAUUUACUUGUAACAGAUUUUAAUAGAAAACUUAAAGAAGCAUUAAAAAGUCCAAAACAAAGAUUAACUGAAAUAGGACCAUAUGCUGAAAUAUCUAUUCGAGAAUUAUUAAAAUGGGUUGAACAUUUAAUGUGGUUUAAACAAAAAGGACAAUUACCAGAUGAUGGAGAAGAACGUGGAUUAAUGCUUAGUUUUAGUGCAUGGUGUAUAUAUGGUGCACGAUAUCGUAGUAAUGGACGAGACUUAAUUGAAAAGAUUUUAACUGAUAAUGGAAAAGGUGGUUGGGGUCAUCCAACAUUUCAAACAAAAAAAAUCAAUAUUGAUCAACGAUUAAAUAAAAUUUUAUUAGAUAUUAAUCGAUAUUCAACUCGAGUUGAAAUUCGAUCAAUUAAAAAUCCUGAACAUGAAUGGACACGUAUUUUUACUUUAGUUGAUCUUAAAACAAUUAAAUUUAAUUUAAAUAUAUGGACAAUUGCAUUUAAUGUUCAUAAUGCUGUUCAUCAAAUAUUAAUUUCGAAUAAAUUUAUUCUUGAACAUGGAAUUUAUCGUAUUGAUCGUUCGUGGUUAUGGCAAUGGAUUACAUCAGCAAAUCGUUUUUUUGAACAAAUAAAUGAAUUUGCAAUACAAGGUUUUAAAUUAUAUAUUGGUCGUUUUCGUCAUAUUAAAGCACAAGAGAAAAUUCGAAAUUGUUUUAUUGAACAUUUUAAAGAUGUUGAUCUAUCUCAAAUUAUUUCUAAUGAUUAUUUUAUUCAACCAGAAAUGCCAUAUAUUUUAACAAAUCGAAUAUUAACUACAUUAGAACAAGUAUCAUUUAAUAUGCAUAUAAAACAACCAAUACUUGUUACUGGUCCUGAAGGUUGUGGAAAAUCUGAUUUAUUAUUAACUCUUGGUUGGCUUAAUAGUCAACAAGUUAAUCAAUUAAAUAUCACACCUGAAACAGAACCAUCAGCACUUAUUGGUCAAUUUAUUCCCAAUGAAGUAAAAGAUAAAAAUGAUCCAAAUUAUGGUGAAAAAAUAAUUUGGCAAAAUGGUUGUGUAACACAUUCAUUUGUUGAUGGACAAUGGGCAUUACUUGAUAAUUUCAAUACAGCCGAAUCAUCCGUACUUGAACGACUUAAUCCGAUUCUUGAAGAACACCCAAUGCUUAUAUUAACUGAAAAAGGUGAUGUUAAUAAAUUAAAAAUGAAUAAUGAUUAUCGUCUUGUUGCAACAAUGACACCACCUGAUUCACGUUAUUUAUCAUUAAAUAUUGGUGAACUAUCACCAUCACUUUAUAAUCGUUUUGCUAUUGUUCAUAUGAUUGAUAUUGAUAAAGAUUACGAUGAAUUAUUUCAACUUGCCAAAGGUCUUCUUUCAGAUACAGAUGAUAUUGAUCCAAAAUUAGCUAUUGAUAUUUAUAGAAAUAUUUCCGAUUUCUUAUCAAAUAAUGCAACAAAUAUUUCUAAAUUAACUUUAAGAAAUUUUGUUCGUUUUCUUGAUAGUACAUAUCGUCUUCAUCGACGAUUUAAAGAUUCAUAUGAUUUUAUUUCAAUUCUUUGGACUGCUUAUCAUGUUACUAUUGCUAAUCAAGUUAAAGGAAAAGAAAUUAAAAAUCAAAUGACAGAAUCGGUUAAAUCAUUCUUUGCACAUACUCGACCAAAUUGUGAACUUCGUCAACCACCAUUUACUGAUUGGAUUCGAAAAUCAAAUGAACAUAUUUUAACUGAAAGUCGAUUAAAUUAUGCUAAUGCUGUAUUAGGUGCUGUUGCUUGUAAUAUUCCACUUCUAUUAGAAGGUCCAGCAGCUGUUGGAAAAACAACAUUAAUUUCUCAUAUAUGUAAACAUCUUGAUAGUGAAAAAAUGCAUCAUAUAUCAAGUAAACAACUAGGAAAACUUGAACGAGUUAAUAAUACGGAUACAACAACAAUUCAAGAUUAUUUAGGAACAUUUUUACCUGUUAAUAAUGGAUUUGUUUUUCAAAAAGGUGCACUUUAUCGAGCAAUGGAAAAUGGUUGGUGGUUUCUUGCUGAUGAAUUUAAUUUAGCUGAUCCAUCUGUAAUGAAUAUACUUUUUCCAUUACUUGAAGGUAAAAAUUCUCUAAUGAUUCCAACAAGUGGAAAAAUCAUAACAGCUAAAGCAGGUUUUCAUUUUUUUGCCACACAAAAUGAUUCAUCUUAUGCUAAUCGACAUCAAUUACCAAUAUCCUUACGUAAUCGUUUUCUUGAAAUACAAUUUGAUGAAUUUCCUGAAUUAGAAUUAAAAGAAAUUCUUCUUCGACGAAAUAAAUCAAAUCUAACAAAUGAAUCAGCUAAACGUUUAUCUGCAUUUUAUCAUCGAUUAAUUCGUCCACGAUCACGUAUUACAUUUCGUGAACUUGUUAAAUGGUUACAUCGACAUGAAUUAUUUUCUCCUCAACAAGAUUUAUUUUCAUCACAGCAUGAAAUUUUUAAUACUGAAAAAGAUUUUUGGUCAAUGAUUGGUGCAUCAUUAUUAACAGGCAAAUAUCCAUUAGAAUCAUUAAUAAGACAAACAUUAAUUAAUGAUUUAAAUACAAUUUGGCCAAAUAAUAUAAUAACAACAAAUUUAAGAAUAUCUAUUCAAGAUAUUGGUGGUGGGAAAACUCGUUUUCAAGAAAAUGAUCUUUUUGUUGAUUUAAAAACAACGAAACUAUCCGAUAGUAUUCUAUUAACAUCACCAAAAACAUUUAAACAAGCAUUUGUACGUAUUGCUUUAGCUAUUCAUGCAGGUGAACCUGUACUUCUUGUUGGACCAACAUCAUGUAAAACAUUAAUUGUUGAAACAUGGACAAAAUUAUUGAAUCGUUUUCAUGAACUUAUUAAAAUACAUUUAACACCUGAAAGUGAAUCAUCGGAUUUAAUUGGAGAUAUUCAACCAUAUACAUUUCUUGAUUUACUUAAACGAUUACCAACAAUGGCUCAACAUGUUCUACAACGUUUUCAAAAUCUUUUACAAAAUCAAACAAAUGCAGGAAUAUUUGAAAAUAAUGAUAAAAUUUUUAUUAAUAAUCUUAAUAAACUAAUUAUAAAUGAUCUUAAUGAUUUAAUUAAACAAUUUAAAAUAAAAUAUUCACAUGAAGAAGAAGAAGAAAAACAACAAGAAAAUACUCUUCAUAAUAAUUCUUCAACGAAACAAAUACAUAUUCAAUCAUUUGCUAUAUCAAAUCCGAUUGAUGAACUUAGAAAUAAUAUUGAAAAUGUAACUGAAACAAAAACUAGUCGAAUAUCAUCUCAACGAAGUUUUAAUGAUUAUGAAUAUGUACCUCAAAUAUAUGAUGAUGAUGACGAUGAUGAUGAUGAUGAUGAUGAUGAUGAUGAAAUUACACAUAAGAAAAAGAAAUUUCAUAAAAUCUUCUACACUGAUUAUCAAUUAGAAGAUGAUGGUUAUGGUACACGUGGUGCAACUACUAAUGUAGAAAAAUCUCUUGUUAAAAAUAAUGAACAAUCUAAACCAUCUAUAUUUCAAAGAACAAUUUCAAAAAUUGAUGUUGAUUAUAAUGAUAUUGAAGAAUCAGUUUCAAAAUCAACAUUUCAAAAAACUUCAGAUGAAAUAUUUCCAUUGAUAAAUGAUGGUUAUCCACGUCUUAUUAAUCGUACAUCAAAAAUAAUUCAAUCAAAUUCUGAAUCAUUUUCAAAUGAAAACAAACCAAAAAAAAAUUUUUCUAUUGAACUUUGUCAAACAAUUGAAAAAAUUCAAACACAAUUUAAAUUAAUGUUUAAUAAUAAUGAUUAUACAUCAUUUACAUCAAAAGAUACAACACUUAUUGAUUAUGAAUCAAAAUUUAAUAAUGCUUGGGAAAGAUUAAAUUCAUCUGAUAUUGAUCAAACAAAACCAAUAUUUAUUUUUAAUGAUGGACCUGUUAUAACAGUUGCUAAACAUGGUGGAAUACUUUUUCUUGAAGAUCUUGAUUUACCAAGUCAAGCUGUUGUUGAAAGACUUAAUUCAAUGUUUGAAUUAAAUCCAACAUUAACAUUAACCGAAGAUAUAAUAACAUUAACUGAUAAUGGUCAACUUGAUAUUAAAUUAUCAAAAAAUUUUCAAAUAUUUGCAAGUGUUCAUCAAGAAGAAUUAAAUCAAUUAUUAAAAUUAAGUCCAUCAAUACGAUCACGUUUUACAGAAAUUUAUAUUCCAUCUUAUAAUGAUCAAGAAUUAAAAGAACUUAUUAAAUCAUCAUUAAAUAAACAACAAACAGAAACAAAUAAUAUUGAUGAAAUAAUUGAACAAAUGUUUUCAUUAAGAGAAAAAUUACAUUCUGAUCCACAAUGGAAAUUAAAUAAUGAUAUUCAAUUAUUAUUUCGUUGGAUAGAUUUUAUUCAAAAUCAUCAUAUAUCAAUAUCAUUAACACAUCGAAUGUUACUUGGUGCAAGAUUUUUUUAUUUUGAUUUAUUACCAAUAUCACGACAUUCAACUAUAUUUGAAGAAUGGUAUCAAAAUGAAAAAAAAUCAUUUAAUUUAAAAGAAUUUUCUUUUAUAUUUAAUCUACCAGAUGAAACACAUGGUGCAAUGACUAUUCAAUCAAUUCAAUUAGAUAAAAAUAUUUUUCCAUUUCAUGUUGAUUCAGAAUAUAUUGCAUUAAAAUAUACUGGUGUUCGAUAUUCAUUUGAAACAAAAAAAGAUCCAAUAGAAAUAUUAAAUAAACUUAAACAAAAUUUUUUUUGUGUACCAACACCAACAUUGAUCAAUCAAAUAGCACGAAUAUUUGCUGCAAUAUCAUCAAAAACUCCUCUUCUACUUGAAGGACCACCUGGUAUUGGUAAAACUCAAGUUGUAACACAAGUUUGUUCAUUAUUAGGUAAACAAUGUGAAAGAAUUAAUCUUUCAAUAAAUACAUCACUUGAUCAACUUAUUGGUUGUGUUAUUCCUCGUUGUAUUAAUGGUAUUAGAGUUUUUCAAUGGCAAGAAGGACGAGUUUUAUCAGCUAUUCGAACUCAACGUUGGAUUCUUUUUGAUGAAUUAAAUUUAGCUGCACCAGAAGUAUUAGAAGGUUUAACACCAUUAUUUUAUCGAGGAAUAUCACAUUAUACAGUUAAAACAACAGGUGAACAAGUACCAAUAAAAGAUGUUUUACUUUUUGCUACAAUGAAUCCAUCAACAAUUGGUGGUGGAAGAAGUAAAUUACCUCGAUCAAUAAAUAAUUUAUUUACUACUGUUCAAGUUGAUGAUUAUUCAGAAGAAGAAUUACGAAUUAUUCUUAAUCAAUUAUUUUUCUUAGAACUUAAACAAGGUACUAUUCAUAUGAAACAACUUGAUGCAUUAUUUGAUAUGCAAGUUUCAUUUAAAUUACAUAUUAGUCAAAGCGAUCUUGGUCGAACAGGUGGUCCAUAUAAAAUAAAUUUACGUGAUUUAACAAAAUUUCGUGAUGUUUUUCGUCAUUCAAUACAAAGUCAAUUAUCUCAUUAUAGAUUUUUAAAUACAAUUCUUGAUGAAAAUCUUAUUAAUAAUGAUAAUGAUAAUGAAGAAAAAAUUAAAACAAUAAAUGAUUUAAGUCCAACAAUUGAUGUUUCAUCUGCAUGUUUAUUAUCAAUAAGAAAAUUUGCUCAAGUUGUUUAUGCAUGUCAAUUUCAUGGCCAAGAAGAUUUUUUAAAAGCAUGUCAAAUAAUCAAUGAUAAAUUUUCAAUAAAUGAUAAAAUUGAAGAAAAAAAUUGUUCAAUUGAUAUAUCAUCAUAUAAUGUUGUUCGUAUUGGUUCAAUUUAUAUAAAAACAGGUUCCGAACAACCAUUUCCAACUAAUAUGGGUUUAAUAAAAACGAAAAAAACUAUUCAUCAAUUAGAAUUUCUUGCUGCUGCAUGUCAAUCAAAACGUACAAUAUUACUUGAAGGAGAUAUUUGUUCAAGAAAAACAACUCUUGUUAUUGAAUUAGCUCGUAUUACACGUCAUCGAUUAAUUAUUAUUCCAUUACAUGAAAAUUUUGAAACAACAGAUUUAAUCGGUUCUUGGUUACCAAUUAUCGAACAAAAACAAAGACAUCCUUUAUUUAUUGAUAUUGAAAAUUUAUUUAAAAAUAUAAUCAAAUCAAUUCUUAUUAUUAUAAUGCCAUUAUUAUCUGAACAACAUAAUAAAAAUAUUUUUGAUAAAAUAAAAAAAAUUUUACGUUUACGUUCAGAUAAUCAAAUGCGAACAACUCGUGAUGAAAUGUUUGAUUGUGAAAAAACUGCAUUGAAACAAAUAAUUAAUAUAUUAAAUUCAUUUCGAUUACCGCAAGAUCAAAGAAAACAACUUAUAUCACAUUAUAUUCAACUAGCUGAUAAAUAUAUCAAAAGACUUGAACAACUUCAAUUAAGUAAAAAACAAGAAGUAGGUUUUACAUUUGUUGAAUCUGAAUUUGUUCAAGCUAUUCGUGAAGGUUGGUGGGUUUUAUUAGAUAAUGUUAAUUGUGCACCAUCUGAACUUCUUGAAAGAUUAAAUUCAUUAAUAGAAGAUAAUCCAAUAUUAUCUUUAUAUGAAAAUUCUAAUGGACAAAUUUUAACAAAAAAUAAUGAAAGUAUUCAUGAAAAUUUUCGUUUAUUUACUACAGCAAAUCUUAAUCGAAUUUAUUCAAAUAAACUUUCAUCAUCAUUUCUUAAUCGAGUUAUUCGUCUUUGGUUACCACCAAUUGAUGAAUGUGAUCAUAUAGAUUUAUUAAAAACAGAUUUAUAUGAAUUAAUUUCAACACAAUUAAUAACAAUACCAGCUGGAAAACAAUUUGCACAUUUAAUUAUUCAAAUACAUAUUAAUGUUAAACAAUAUGUUAAAGAUGGACAAUUAAUUUAUCCAAAUAAUUUUCAUAUAACAUAUCGUUUAUUAGAACAAUGUAUAAAAACAUUAAUUAAUUUAAUUAAUGAAAAUAUUCAUCCAGUUGAUGCAUGUUAUUGGUCAAUAUUACGUUCAUAUUGUUCAUCAUUAUAUGAUCAUGAACAAUAUAAAUUUUUUCUUAUACAAUUUCAACAAACAAUUGAUAAAUUAGGAUUUCAAUUAUCAUCAACAAUAUUUUCAACACCAAAAAAUGAAUAUCAUGGAAAACAAGAUCGUUAUAUUGAAGAAGAACAAUUUAUUCGAGCUGAAUUUAUUCAAUUUGAAAGAUAUUUAAUGGAAUUUAUAUUUAAUUUAUUAAAAAUUCUUGUACAAGAUGAUAAAUUAAUUGAACAAACACGAAAUCUUUUUAUUUUAUUUAUUGAUGAUAUUUUACUUCCAAUGACACCAAAUGAUAUUCAAUUAAUUCGAUUAAAACAAACACUUAUAAUUAAAACAAAUAACUUUUUAAAUCUUUCAUCAAUAUUAAAUGAAUUUAUUCAAUAUAAAGAAAUUUUUCUUCAUAAUUUUAAUAUUAACAUUUCAAUAGCUAUUAAAGAAUUAAUUCAAAAUCAUUCAAUACCAAUAAAUACAAUGUCAAAACAAAUAUCACAAUUAUUAGAUCAAUAUAUUCGUAAUACAUCAUUUAAUGAUGCAUAUCAACGAUUACAAUUUCUUCGACGAUCAAUUGGUCUUAUUGAAAUUUUUCAUAAUUUUUUUAGUUUAUCAAUAUUUGGAGAAUUUCAUAUGACAACAAAUAUAAAUGUAUUUCGAAUAGAAAUUCUUCAAUAUUUACGACCAUUAUUAUUAUCAUUUAAAGAUCGAUUAAUUUCAUAUGAAAUUUUAAUUGAACCAUCUUUUAUUGAUAUAAAACAACAAUAUUUAAAUGAAACAAAUCUUGAUUUUAAUAUAAAUACAAGUCUUUUAAAAUCAUUUGAUCGUAUUCAAUCACUUCCAAUACGAUCAACAAGAAUAGAUAUGAGAAAAUUUGUUGAAUUUUUGCUUAAUGAAAUUGAUCAACAAUCACCUAGUAGAAAAAUUAUUCAACAUUAUUCAACUUUAUUAGAAUGGAUUAGAAUUCGUUGGAUAUUUGAUGAUUAUUUAACUAAUUCAAUUCGAGAUGCUUUACAAAAUAAUAUUUCAAUUACACGACAUUUUAUUAUUGAAUGUGAAUUGAAAUUUUCUUGUUUAGAAUUAAAUCGAACAAUAUCUCAAAUAAUAAAAAAUACUGUUGAAAAAUUACCUGAUAUACAAUCUUCAUUAAAUAAGAAAUAUUUACAAGCACAAAAUCAUAUGAAAAAUAUUUCAAAUUCUAUCGAUAUUCGUAAAAAACAAAUUACUGAUAUUAAACAUUAUUUUGAGAAAUCAAAAGACAACGAUGAUGUUAAAGGAACAUUUAUUGAAGUUUCACAAUAUAGUCGAUCAACAUUAAAACGUUCUGGUGCUGCUUUUCGUUCAGAAGAUCAUGAUUUACAUGUAAAACAAGAAGAUCUUCAACGUGAUUUAGAUCGACUCACCAAUGAUUUAAAGGAAGCUUCUAAAGAAUUUGAAGAUAUUCAAAAAACCUAUCAAGAUACAUUAACAAAAGCAAUGAACGCACGUAUGCAACUUCGACAAUCAAUGAAAUAUGUUUUUGAAUCAGGUACUUAUCAAUUUAUUGAAGAACGUUUUGAAGAACCGGAUGUUAAUGAACUUAAUCGAAUUUGUCAAUAUCUACAUAAAUCUCGAUUAAAUCCAACAUUGAUCUAUAAUGAUGGUUUACUCGAUGUAUGUGCUAUUCUUGAAACACAAUUUGGACGUGAAUUAAUUUCACAUGAUAAUAUUCUUCGUACACCAUUAAUUUUUUUUCUAUGUGGUUUCUUUUUUCUUCCAAAUUUCGAUCAUCAAUCUCGUAUAUAUAUUAUUUCUCAAUGGGGUCAAUUAAUUGAUGAAAAUUUCGAUAUAAGAACAUUUGAUAAUAAUGUUCUUCUUUUCUAUUGUCCAAAUCAAAAUCAAUAUGAUUGUGCUCUUCUUAAAUUUCUUAAUAAACCACAAAAAUUAACUAUUACUGUUUUAAGUUUAUCAUCUGGUAUAAAUACCAAUGAUUUACGUUUAUCUUUAGAAGAAAUAUUUUCUGAUGGGAUUAAUAUUGAUAUAGAAAAUGAUUAUUUAGAUGAUAUAUAUAAUAAUGAUAAUCAACAUAGAUUUUCUUUAUCUUGUUUAAUGAAAACUUUAAAUAAAACAAAAGAAUUAACAAAUGUUUUUGAAUCAGGUACUUAUCAAUUUAUUGAAGAACGUUUUGAAGAACCGGAUGUUAAUGAACUUAAUCGAAUUUGUCAAUAUCUACAUAAAUCUCGAUUAAAUCCAACAUUGAUCUAUAAUGAUGGUUUACUCGAUGUACGUACUAUUCUUGAAACACAAUUUGGACGUGAAUUAAUUUCACAUGAUAAUAUUCUUCGUACACCAUUAAUUUUUUUUCUAUGUGGUUUUUUUUUUCUUCCAAAUUUCUAUCAUCAAUCUCGUAUAUAUAUUAUUUCUCAAUGGGGUCAAUUAAUUGAUGAAAAUUUCGAUAUAAGAACAUUUGAUAAUAAUGUUCUUUUUUUCUAUUGUCCAAAUCGUAAUCAAUAUGAUUGUGCUCUUCUUAAAUUUCUUAAUAAACCACAAAAAUUAACUAUUACUAUUUUAAGUUUAUCAUCUGAUACAAAUACCAAUGAUUUACGUUUAUCUUUAGAAGAAAUAUUUCCUGAUGGGAUUAAUAUUGAUAUAGAAAAUGAUUAUUUAGAUGAAAUUGAUGAAAUAUAUAAUAAUGAUAAUCAACAUAGAUUUUCUUUAUCUUGUUUAAUGAAAACUUUAAAUAAAACAAAAGAAUUAACAAGUAAACAAAUUUAUGAAAAAGUUAUGAUUAUAUUUAAUCAAUUAAAAGAAUAUGUUCAUGAAAAUCCUCUUCAACAUCGUUCAUUAACUAUUUUUACUUAUCAACAAGCUCAAAAAUUUCAAAAUGAACUUAAAAAAUAUUAUGAAAAUGAAAUAACAGAAAAUAAUCAAUGGUUAAUUUCAGUUGAAAAUUUCUGGACAUUAUUAGAAGCCUAUCAAUCUGUUUUUUCUAAAACAAAUGCCGAUUCAAUUGAACAAGAUCUUCGACAUACAAUACAAUCAUUAGAAAUAACAAAUAUGACAAGUCGUCUUUCAUCAUUAAUCUAUUUAAAAACAAUUCCAUCAACAUAUGCAUCAAGAUCAAUGAUUGAACAAUAUUUACGAGGUGAUGAUAUUAAUCAAACGACAAAAGAAAUAAUUGAUGAAUUUGAAAUAUUUUUUGAUUUUAUUAAAAAAAGUCAUUGUUUAUUAAAUUUAAUUAUUCAAUAUGUAACAAUAAAAGAUGAAAAUGAUUUAUAUUAUUUAACACCAAUGAUUAUUGAACAUUGUCAACACAUAUUUCAUUCAAUAUUAACUGUUACAGAAAUAAUUAAUGGUCGUUUAUAUAUUUCAACUAAAAUUUCAGAAGAUAAAUUUGAAAAUUUUCAAAAACAACUUGAAAAAGAUUUAGAUGAAAUAAAAUUCCCAAGAAAUUUAAUUAUACGCUAUGGUUUAGAUCGAUUUAUUGUUUGUUUAGCACCUAUAUUUAAUGAAAAUCAAUCUAAUCCAAUAUUAACAAAUGACAAUAAAGAUCAAAUAAGAUCUAAUGGAUUUAUUAUAGAAGAUUCAAAAAAAAUUCGUCGACAAGCAAUUCAAACAACAAUUGAUACAAGUAUUUCUAAAUUAACUGAACUUUUAUCUCGUGCUGGUCAAUUACCAUUAAGACCACAUAAUCUUAUUCGACGUAUUCAUGAAAUUUUACAUAAAUUAAAAACUUUUGAUAUUUAUCAUGAACAUGAAGAUAAUAUUAAUUGUUUAAUUGCUGAAGAAACUAUUCUUAUUAAUUUAUUUGAAAAAUUUCAACAAGAAAUUAAUCAUUAUACAUCAUUUCAUGUUCAUUUACCAACUGAUCAACAAAUACAUGAAAUAACUCAAAAUGAAUUAAAAAUAAAUAAUCAUCAAAUAUCUUUACAGAAUCAUAUUGAUCAAUUAAAAAUUCAUAUUGAAACAAUUUCUAUUCAUAGUCAAUCACAUUUAUUUGAAGAUAUAAAUCAAUUAAUUCGUUUAACACAUUCAUAUCUAUCAAAUCAAAUCUGGAUACGUACUAUGAGUUUAUUAAAAUUAUCAACAACUGAACAAUUACGAAAUUGUUUAAUAUUAUUAAGUGAUGAUUUAGCAAGUCAAUGUGGUUUUAUUUCGUCGAAUUCAUUAUUAAUCAAUGUUCCACUUGCAUAUGGAAGAUUUCGAUGUGAUUUAUUAAUUGAACAAAGUAAAUGUGAAAUGAUUUCAGGUUAUUUAAAUGUUGCUUAUUUAACGAAUAAAAUUCGUGAUUGGAUGACUGAAGCUCAUUUAAAUGUUUUUAAUUUAUUAGAAAAUAUUAAAAAAAUAUUUGAUAAUAUAAAUUGCGCACAAAAUCAAAUGAAAAAUUUUACUGGAGAUACAAGUUGUAGUAUAUUACCUAUUGAAAUACGUCCGGAAGAUUUAAUUUGUUUAUUUGCACCUGAAUAUACAACAAUAAUUGAAGCUAUUUGUGAAAAAGUUAAUGAAAUUGAUGAAUUUCUUUCUUGUCGCAGAGAUAAAAUUGAAUCGAUAAAAUUAUCAUUAACAAAACCUUCAUCAGAAAAAAGAGCUACACAUGGUUUAUCAAGUUAUGUUUAUCUCAAUCAAUCAUCAACAUCAGUAUUUCUGUUCGAUAAACAUAAACAUAUUCAUUAUAUUCUUGAUGAUACAAUUAGUUUUAUUCAACAAUUAAUUAAUUCAUAUAUUGAUAUUGAUUAUCGAAAUUGUUUUCUAAUGAAAAUUGCAACAAGUUAUAAAGAAUUAUUUCCAAUUCAUAUAGCAUUAUCAUUAGCAUUAAUCAUUUUAAUAAGUUGGUCAUCAUAUUAUCUUGAAGAUUUUGAAUUAUAUUUUCAACAAUUAACAUUAGUUAAUUUAAAUGAUGAUAUAAAUCAAAGUGAAGAUGAACAAAAAAAACUUGAUGAACAAAAAACAAAAUUAACUCUACUUCAAACUAAACUUAAACAAGUUAAAAUUUCAACAGAAAAUGCUAAAUUAUCAUAUGAUGAUGCAUGUAAUGCGGAAUAUAUUGUUCGACAAAAACGAGAAGAAUAUCUUCGUCAAUGUAUUGAACGAGAAGAAAAAAUUGAAAAUGAAACAAAAUUACAACAACAUUGUGUUGAUGAUUUAGAAGAUAAUCUUAAAUUAUUAAACGAGAAAUAUAAAAUAAAACUUAAAAAUGAACAAUAUCAAUGGUGUAAAAAUGUAAUUCAAUGUUUUCAAAGAAUUUCAAAUGAAAUUUGUAAAUUUAUUUUUAAUCUUGUUGAUAAACAACCAUCAACAUCAACAGAAAAUUAUCAAAAUCUUCUAUUAAUUCUUAUUUCACUUGUUCGACAAGAUUUUCUCGAACCAACAAAAAUGAAACUUGAUUUAAAUAAAAUAAUCAAUAUUGAACAAAUAGUUAAAGAACAAUUAGAUCAAAUUUUUAUUUAUACAAAAUUUUUAACGGAAAAAGAUCCAAUGCAUAAUUAUCUUAGAUUUUAUCGUGAGAUUUUCUACAUAGGAUUUUGUUCAUUAAAAAAUUCUUUAAAAAGUUGGAAAAUUUAUUCAGAAAAAUUACAGUCAAUUGAAAUUGAAUCAUUCAUUCAAAAAAAUAAAAAGCAAGAUUUAUGUCAAUUAAAUACAUUAACACGUGAGAAAUGUUUUAAAUUUAUUGAACAAAUUCGAACAGGUUAUGAACAAACUGAAAUAAUGAAAUCUGCACAAGAUAUCAGUCGAUAUGUACGGAAUAAAACAAAUAAUUUUGAUUUCAUUUUUACUGGACAACAAUUUGGAAAACAAAUUAAAAAUCUUAUACGAGAUUUUGAAAGAUUUAUUACUAAUUUACUUAUUAUUGGUUGUCGAUAUUUACAAUUACAACGUGGUACACGUGAACCACUUGAUGAUUUAUUAAUUGGAAUAACAUAUGAAGUUAUUGAUCGACAUUUACCAAGAAAUGAACUUGUUUUACUUCAAUUACUUGAUACAUGUGAAAUACAAUUAAAAAGUCAUUGUGAUACACUUUUAUUUCAAACAUUACACAUUACAUUUCAAUUUAGUUCAAAUCCAUUUGCACUUUCAGAUAGACUUGAUCGUUCAGCUAAAGCUUUAUCACAUUUAAUUCUUCCAGCUGCUCAUAUGAUUGAAAGAAUGUGGUCAACUAUUACUCAAUUAAUUAAUAAAAUCGGUGCAAAAAUAACUGAAGAAGAAUAUAAGAUUCUUGACAUUGUUUGUAAAGAUUUUGUUCGAUUAAUUGAACCAUCAUGUGAAAUAAUAAAUGAAUCAGAUUUUCUUCAUUUACAACUAAAGUCAAAUCAAUUUCAAUUAAUGUCUGAACAUAUUGAUAAUUUAUAUGAAAUAUUAAUUGAUAAACGUCAUGGAAUGAAAAUAUUUUGUGAAAAUAUGAAAUCUCGAUGGAAUUUAACAUUAAAAGAAAUUUUACAAGAUUUUAUUAAAUGUAAACAAUUUAAUAUUCAACGUCAAUUAGAACAGAAUCAACGUUCAAGAAAAAAAUUCGAAUAUUUAUUUGAUAAUAAUAAUUCACAACAAUCAGAUGAAAUUCAUCUUGCUGAUAUUGAAAAUGUUUUAAAAUCUAAAACAAUUGAUAUAAAUCUUCAUACAAAUCGAUUAAAUCGUCUUCGAUAUCUUCAAAUUGUUUAUAAUUUAAUUUUCAAUGGUAUUAAUAAUCUUGGAUCAAAUUUAAUUAAUACUCCAACUCAACAUAUUCAUCAUCGAAUAUUAUUACCAUUAUUUAGUAUAAUUAGUAAAUUAUAUGAUGAUUGUGAAAAAUCUUUACUUAUACAACCAUUAAUUGAUUUUAUUCAAAAUAAUGAUUUAAUAAAACAUUUAUUUCAAUUAAUUGAAACAAUUCAUCGUUUAGAAAUGAAUUUAUUUGAUACACUUUUAUCUCUAUCAUUAGUUGAUUUAGCCGAAAAUUAUGAAAAUUUAUAUAAAUUAAUUGAUUUUAAAUUUUAUAUCGAUCAUUGUUUAGAAAUAAUUCAACAAUGGAAAUUAUCUGGCAAAAAUUUUCUUCAAUUACGUAAAGAACAACGAUUAAAUAAUGAAUAUUUAACUAAAAUNUCUUCAAAUUGUUUAUAA